UGCACCCGCAUCCUUCAUUGGCUAUCAAAAAAUUCUGCAUCAUCCUGAUGGGUGUGGCGUGCAGAUUUUGGCUGGGAAAAGGAAAAAAAAAAAAAAAGACAGCCCCCAGCAUGUUUACCCCGUCUCAAAACCCCGAAAAUGGAUCGAAGAAGGCUGAAUAGUGACACGCUUUACAAGCAAGCAGCGUACACCCCUCUACUUGGAACUUGUCUUCGUUCUCACCCCCUCACUUUUAUCUCCCCUCUAUAUUUUUUUUCUCUCACUAAUUUUUUCUCUCACAUUUUCCCAACGUGUUGCUGCAUAUUUGUUGGGUACUAUAUACUGUAUGAACGAGUGAGCUAUUGAGAGAUCUUUUAGUGGUCUGACGUGUCAGCUGAAAAGGCGGUAGCCCG